AUGGCAAGUAACCUCAAAGAUCCGAGCCCUGAUCUCCUCAUCGCAGAUUGUGGUGGCCGACUCUUAUGCCGACUGGUGCGGCCCAUGCAGAAAAAUCGCCCCCGUCGUUCAACUUUCAGCGCAACAACUCUUUCGACCACACAAGAUCACCUCCGCAAGAUCGACACCCACAAAUUGCAGGACAAUGCGCGAUCCUAUGGCAUCCGAGCCCGGCCCACAUUCAUGGUCUCCAAGAACACGAGGCCGGUCAGAACCAUUCAAGGCGCAGACCGGGAGGCGCUGUCCCACACGGUGAAAGAGCUGGCGAGCGCGGCGAGACAAGCAGAUCCCGCAAGUUUCUCAUCGUCUCGCUCUCCCGCUGUGCUCUCUCGCCCCUGCAGCGGCAGCACCGAUACACCGCGUCUGUACCGCGCCGCAGAAUGGCUGUCUCCGACCACACCCGGCAAAGGCGCACUUGAAGUACCCGAAGACGAUCAGGAUGACGGCGGCCUCAAAGCCGUCGAGUGCCGGAGCAAUAUCUUUGCUGCCAAGCCACCUGACAAUUUUGAAAACCGGAUGAUGAUCAAGCCCAAGACUUAA